GUUCCGGUCAAAUCCAACUAUGGCAGUUUCUAUUGGAGCUUCUUUCCGACGUCCGCAACACGGCCUGCAUCACCUGGGAAGGCAACAACGGCGAAUUCAAAUUGGUGGAUCCGGACGAAGUAGCUCGUAGAUGGGGGGAGCGGAAGUCUAAGCCCAACAUGAACUACGACAAACUGAGCCGGGCACUCCGGUAUUACUACGACAAGAACAUCAUGACCAAGGUUCAUGGCAAAAGGUACGCCUACAAAUUUGAUUUUGCUGGCUUGGCACAAGCAUUACAACCCUCAGCUCCACCUACGGAGGCGUACCCACACCAUUAUAUGCAUUCUGAUUGGCUGUUACAUCCAGGCUACCAAGGGACAAGUCCUUCUGUCAACUUUACAGCCAAUCACUACCACCAACCAGUCUCACAGAUGCACCACGGAAUCUUCACUCCACCCAACCCAAGCAGCUAUUAUCACCACCACUAUCAUCACCACCACUGGUCUGCAGCGGCAGCCGCAGCUACAGCUGCAGCUUCGGCUGCACAAUCUCCGGCAGCACCAUCUACUAUGGCCCCGCCUCAUGAGAUAAUACCCUAUCACAAAUACCAUCACCAGCAACCUCAUCACCGACACCACCAGAAUCAUUUGUUUGUAUCUGCAGACGACAGCCACACCAAUCCAUAUAUGGGCACGUGUUACUAA